UCUCCGCGAAGUAAUGAUGUGUAACUCUAACUCGCAACGUCUUCCCUCUGGAAUUUUUAAGAUGAUUAUUUUGAUAUUCCUGGAACUUCUUGCAGUAUGUUCAGUAGACUACGUCUCUUGUAGCAUCCUGAGGUCAGAAGAAAGAGUAUUCAGCGAGAGGAACAAUUGGAACCAGUACUCAUCCGUGUCAUGUCCGAGUAGAACUUCCGGAACACCGGUUCUUAUUCCUCACCCGGAUAACUGUCAAAAGUUCUACUUAUGUGACAACGGGACACCAUAUUUGAGAUCUUGCCAGUCGGGACUACAUUUUAACAGCAAGAUUCAAGCUUGUGAUUAUCCAGAGAAUGUUAACUGUGAAUCAGUAGGAUUCACCAGAUCACCUUUAGGUAAAAUUAAGGAGGAGGAGAGUGUCUGUCCGAGUGGGAAAUCUGUUCUCUUGCCUCACCACCAAGAAUGCGAGAAGUUCAUCACGUGUGAGAAAGGAGUCGCGCAUCUCCAAAGCUGCCCCAAAGGUCUCCAUUUCAACCCAAAAAAACAGAUUUGUGAUUACCCCGAAGAGGCUGGGUGCCUCAAUAGUGUUACAGAUAAACCAGUUGGAAAACUUGGUGAAGAUGAAACCCAUUCUGACUGUCCUUCCGGAAACUCUGAGCAUCCGAUACUUUUACCUCACGAAACAGACUGCGGAAAAUUCUACACCUGCGACGGUGGGAGAAAACACACCAGGAGCUGUCAAGCUGGUCUGCAUUUCAAUCCGAAAAUUAAUGCUUGUGACUAUCCAAAAAAUGCCAAAUGCGACAGAGCUGAAAAUGAAGAACCUAAAGGGAGAAUAAACGAUCCUGUUCUUGAAAUAUGUUCCUCUGAUACUACAGGCCGUCCAUUUUUAUUGUCUCAUCCGACGGAAUGUGAGAAAUUCUACGUAUGCGAUAGUGGGAAUGCAUUUCUCCAGAACUGUCCCACUGGACUUCAUUUCAAUCUAAAAUUAGGAGCCUGCGAUUUCCCAGAAAUUGUGCAGUGCGAUACUGGAUUCACCAGAUCACCUUUAGGCAAAAUUAAGGAGGAGGGGAGUGUCUGUCCGAGUGGGAAAUCUGUUCUCUUGCCUCACCACCAAGAAUGCGAGAAGUUCAUCACGUGUGAGAAAGGAGUAGCGCAUCUCCAAAGCUGCCCCAAAGGACUCCAUUUCAACCCGAAAAAGCAGAUUUGUGAUUACCCCAACGAGGCUGGGUGCCUCAAUAGUAUUCAACGAGCGCCUGGAUUUCCCACUCCGUUCUGUCCUUCCUUUAACGGAAAAAUCCCGAUCUUCUUCCGGCACCAGACCAACUGCUCUGUUUACUACAUGUGCAGCAACGGACUUGCGUAUGAAUUCACAUGUCCAGCUAGGUUGCACUUCAACCUAAGAAAAAGGUCUUGUGAUUAUGAAUCGGAUGCUAAUUGUCAGCCUGGAGAAGUUGUUGACUAACUCAUGCUGAACUGUGAAUGAAAUACGGAAAGGAUAGAAAAUUAAAAAAAAAAAAAAAAAACUGUAUAUAUAUAUAUAUUUGCUUUGAGCAGCC